AUGUCGGCAUUUACUCGCGAUUAUGCCACCGGUUCGGCGCCCAUAGAACGUGCUACAGCGGAUAUACAUUUCAAAUUGGCGUCAGACGACCUUCCGCCAGCUGAUGUAGCAGCUCUGGCACUAGUCAGCAGAACAUUGAGGUCCAAGGUCCCGGAAAGAGAAAGAAAGGUUGGAGAAAGCUUCGACCAGAGGUCGACAGUUUUACCAGCGCUUGAGAGAGAAGUUGACCGAUAUCAGCGGGGUAACGGGGACCCAGACCGAGUGUACUGCCCAUGGUGCAAUAUCCUGCAUACUCCCCUCGAGAGCCUGCAGGGCCACAAGCCAAUUGACAUCCAACGGCAUUGUAGUGGCAUCGGGUAUAAACCCUAUAAGUUUAGUGAAUUUUCCUUGGCAUUCCACCCUGUGGUUCUGCGUGCGCUUGUUGCAUACUUAGAGAAGCCUCGAGGCCUCACCCUACAAGCUCAUAUCAACCACUUGCAGUACUUGCUGACCGCCAGAACAGUCGCCAAUGUUGCGAGAAAAGCCUAUAUUGGAACUUCUCAUAGCGCGAGAGUCACCCAACGCGGGCUAUUCAUCCGAGAGCAACGUGUCCAGGUGUUGAACUUCCCGGAAGUGAAUUAUCGCAUACCAAUCUGCGACCACGCGUUUUUCGACCUUGAGCCCACUGCAAGGGGCGACGGGAACUUCCGGCUAUUAGUUGAUUCUACUAAUAGUAUGGGGGCGGGCUUGCGCAGUCACGGGAAUGUAUUCCUCCAGUCUGGCGACGUGAACACGUCGCAUCCUUUCAAUAGCAUUCUUGGCUGUAUUCACUGUCAGCGCGAUUUCCGGAUAGAGGGCGUCCCGGCGGCACAGCCAGAGCGAGUGACGGACCUCAUACCUGGAGGACGGGGACCAUUCGCGGCGAUCGUGUUGACAACGUGGAUGUAUCUUGGGACAGGUGAGAGUGCUUCGGCAAUUUACAACCUCUUGACCAAUCCUGUGAGUAGCACGCAAGCAUUCAAUGUUGGAAUGAUUGCGCAGGCCUACGAUGGACACUAG